AUGGGAGAGGUGCACAAUGAAGAUGGGGAUGGUCGUCAUCUGGUGAACAAUGUUCGAUUAGUUUGUAAGAAGUUUCGCCGACUCCUUGACAAUCAACAAUGGUGGCUAAGCCGUAUCCAUAGGAUGCCACAGAAUAUUCGGCUCGCCGAAUCUCACAUGAAGGCAGAUGAUUUCAAUGCUGCAAAAAGUUUUGUGGCUAUCGAGGAGGAGACAUGUCGAUGGACUAAGUGGAUGCCGGGUAGAAACUUAAUUGCUACUGGCCACAUCGCCACGGUCGAUGCAUUGCGCUUGUUUGCACAUCGUUCCUCUAGUAGUCGGUUUUGUCUGUCUGGAGGUAGAGAUAGAGCCAUAAAGCUUUGGAAUAUCGGAGACUUGCAAGAAUCUCAAAUCAGUUCUGAACCGACCAAACCUAGUGCGGAUAUACAAAAUGCCCAUGAGGGAUGGAUAUGGUGUUUAGACCAGUCCGCUCGAUCACCGGACCAGUUUCUUUCUUGCAGCUGGGACUGUACUGUUAAAUUGUGGCAAAUCACUCCAGCAAGUGUGGAACCACUUGUAAGCACUAAGCUUGGAUCGGCUGGUAUGUGUCUAAGCAAUUCACCUGAUGGCCUUGCUGCUUGCUCAACUUUCGGCAAAAAGGUUUUUAUCGUCGACGUGAAAAAUGGCCUCGCUCCCGUUUUGAAUUAUGCUCAUCAUAAAGGUGCCGUGCUAACGUUAGCUAUGAAGGACAACUACGUGUAUUCUUGUGGAGAAGACCGCCGGGUUGUAAUGGUGGAUAUUCGAAACUCGAGCAAACCAGCAUUUGGAUUGUGGGCCAAUGACUAUGUACGCUCAAUAUGUUUUCGUGAUAAUCAACUCAUCUGCGGAACGAAUAUGGGCAUGAUCACAAUUCUUGAUCCUGAUAAUCUUAGCGUAUGCUCUCGAUUACAGAUCUCAACCGGAGUGCGGCAAGUUAUCCAUUCAGGCGGUGCUGUUCUAGAGAUAAGCCGUGAUCGAACAUUCAAGGCAUUCACAAUCGGAGUGCGGCCGACGAUGCUGGCUGAGAUGAAUUUCGAGUGUGAUCCUUGUCGAUUCGACUACUUCGAUGGUGACUUAGCUGUCGGCGCUGGCGAUGGCUCGAUUUUACUAUGGGCCAACUCGCUUUGGGAAGAUUGAAGCAGUCUCGCUACGAUCUGGAUGGAACUUCCCUGGCAGCCAGAGUCGCUGGGAAGAAGUGGAAGCUAUCGCUUAGCUGUAUAAUUUACCUUGUGAUCUCUAUGCUUUCAAAAAGCGCAGACUGGAAAGGAGGAGAACACAAAGUGCAUUUCCUAGCGGAAAAAUGUUCUACAUCUCACAAACGUUCCAGUUGCCCUGGUUGAUUUACGUCUGGUUCUAGAAACGAAGAAUUUAUGUGUUCAAAAGUUGUACAAAAGCAACUGAAGUGUGGCCGUGCCACUCACUGUUGCGCUGUGUAUGUUGUGUAUAUUUGCACAAAGACUUUGUUUUGCUCAUUUUCUUUGUCUUUUUUGCUGUUUAGCAUAUUUGAGUCUGUUAGACUGGAUUGAGACGAAUUUGAAUCUUAUCUAAUUCUUUUAUACAGGCUUUUAGUUUCCAUUGACUGAGCGUGAACAAACUGUGAUGUUAUACUCUGCUUAGACCAUGAUUUCCGACUUUUUUCAAUCUCUUUUUUUUCGAAUUUAACAAAGAUCUUUCUGCUUGCUUUUUAAGCUAGAAUAUUGACAAAAAAUAUCACCUUUGAAAAGCCUGCACCUUUGUUUCGCCUUUUUCAUGCUUCUGUCUUUCGUAGUAUUGCAAAAAGCUGCUUUGGAAGAGCUUGAAAGGUGAUGUCGAUACUUCCCCUUUCUAUAUACGGUAUCUGCAUUUUGCAAUUUGUAUAAAGUGGUUGUAAAUCCCUGUUUGCUAUUUGUUCCAUUCGUAGCUCUUUCCCCUCUUUCUUUGUUUGCUUGCAGGCUAUUCGUUUCGAAAUUGUACUGCUAUAUGUUAGCUUCGUCACCUCCUUUUCCAUCAAAUCAGGCGAAAGACUGGGCUUUGACUUAGUUAGGGAACGGCAGCUCUGGCACUUUUAGAAAAACAAAUGAUACAUACGAAAGCGUGGUUGUACUGGAUUUUGAAAGCACACCUUAUUGGAAGAAAAACGAACGAUCUAUGAUUGCUUCAGAGAGUACAGAAAUGUCUGCUGUUUCUUUGUUUACGCAUCUUUGCAGAGACUUCCCGUGAAUGUGUAAAUAGUGCAACUAGUUAGCUCUGGGUGAGUCAUUUGGUUGUUCUUCGUGGUAAUGCUGACGUCCAUCACUACUGCAGAUUCGCUUGUUUUCCCCUUUACCGCUUAGAAUAAAGUUUUCCC